UUUGUAUUUUUUUUGAACUAAAACAAAUUUAAGAUAUAAGUUAAAUUAAAUACCAAACCUAUUUUAAAAAUAUCUUUUCAAUAUUUUAAAUUAAUAUCCAUUUUAAAGCAGUUGUGCUCCAACAAGGGAACCAAAAAUUAAAAAAAAUAAAUUUAUUUACAUGAAGAAAUUCCACUCUUUUUUAACAAGUAAUAUAAUAUAACUAAUAUAACAAUAAUGGAGCAGCAAAAUACGAGUACAAAUUUCUACGAGAUAUGUAGAUUAUGCCUCGAUGAGCAUGGACAAUGUGAUAUAUUUGACAGAAAUGAAUUACAAGACAACAUUUACAGAUGUAUCGGAGUAAAAGUGUCAUUAGCUGAUAGUUUGCCACAGAAAAUCUGUGUUAAGUGCUUAGAAAUCAUUGAUAAAGCAGCUGAACUACGUAUCAUUGCUAAAAAGAAUGAUAUACAUUUAAAAUCACUAUUCUGUGGUGUUCAAAGUGAAGCUUCUAAGGCUUGCUCAGAAGAUUCUGCUAAAACAGUUGAAAGCAACCACAUUGAAAGAGAUAAAAGUCCAAGUCAGGAAAGGAACCCUGUCAUUGAAAAAUUUAUAUCAGUUCGAAAGGAUUUAUUUGAAUCAUCAGUUUCUGAGGACUCAAUAGCAAAGACUGAAAUACAGACAGACAGCUCUCAGGAUCAAGUAACGAAAAAAGAUAUUAAAUGUGAAAAUGGUAACAAAGAGUAUAAAUGUAAUAUAUGUUCAAAAAGAUUUAACAAGUGGAAAAAACUGUACUUACACAAUCGCCUACAUAAUAAAAAUUACGCAUGUCCCUUGAACUUGUGUAGUAAAAAAUUUGCUACAAAGGGUGACCUGGAGAAACACAUCCGAACUCACACGGGAGAGAAGCCGUAUGAAUGUGAUAAGUGUGACAAGAGUUUUGCUCAACGGGGAACGUUAAAAACUCAUAAGGAAACGGUGCAUAGUGAAUAAUCCUAAUAAGGAAGUGUUGUUAUCUAUGUAGUUAGUUAUCUAUAGUGUUGUUAUAUACGUGGACUACAUAACAUACCUUUCAAUGACGGGAGGAAUAAAUAUAAACAACUUUGUGAAUUAACAUGACAUUGGUCGCGAUUAUAAUCUGUAGUGCUCAUUAAAGAUGUGAUUUUUUUUAUGGCGAAAUUGGUGUCGGAUUUUGUAAAUAAAUUUGAGUUGAAUAGUUAUGUAAAAUGUUCACUGUUUGUUAUGCACGAUAAAGCAGAGCUAGUAGCAAAUCGCAUGGAAUAUUUAAAUCUUAAGGUUUCUUUACUCCGUCUGCUAUUGGAGUAUAGUAAAAAUUAUGUCUCAUUAAGUAAGUUUUGGAAACGUAACAAUAAGAAUCUAGCGCAAGUAACAGGAUUUAAAUCAGAUACCUUCUCUUUCUUUUUUUUCAAAUGAGUGUUUGCUCUUGGCCCAAAUGGCCUCGACAGCGUUAUCGGAGGAGAGGCGAAUCUUAAAAUACUCAGCCGGAUGUUGGGAGUCCACUUAAGGGCUCAGAAUAUGCGCGUCUUGUUAGGACGAAAAUUGGUUCAAGGUGCCGUCGGCUUCAGGAAGGCCAUUGAGUGUGCAAUGCGAAUAAAAGCGGGACCUCGGCCCCUCCGGCGGGGUUGGUGUCGGUGUGUGUUUACUGUAACCUAACAAGUUCGCGUUGGUAAAUAUAAUUUUAUAGUCAGGGGCUGUAAGGACGUCUUUAGAACACCUAAUGAUCGUAAUUGAAGAAAUCUUUAACUGGAGAAGCGCUCAAACCAUAAAAAACCCGUUAUUGAAUGAAGUGAACUUGUCACUAUUAAAUAUAUGAAACAAAUUUAAAACAUUUCUUUAACAAAACUAAUACCGAAUAUUCGGCUGUAUAGUUACGUCCUUGCUAUCAUAGUCGAUCAUCGUGAACACCGAAUAAAAAAUAUAUAUCUAAAAUUUUGACACGGAGAAUUUGAACCGAGGAUAUACUGUAUUUCAGGUUGCGUUUCAUAAGUAUUUAUUUAAUUAUUUAUAAAUGUUAACAUUAUUUUAGUUUUAAAGUGUUAUUAAAAAUGGUUUUGUUCUUUUUUUUACCAUUCUCAUUCGUUUUAUUUUGUACUUAAUAACUGAUUGCCUGCCUCGUUGAUCUAGUGGCUUAAUGUAAGGCCGCAGACCUGGAGCUCCUGGGUUUAAUUCCCAGGUCGGGCCAGUAAAAAGUUAUUGGGUUUUUCUGUCAGAAAAUCCUCAGUAGCAGCCCGGAGUUUGGAAGUGUGUACACUCCCGUCUCUCGAAAAGCACGUAAAGCCGUUGGUGCUGCGCCUGAACUCUUUCCGGUCGUGUCGGAUUGCCGUCCCAUCGGAUUAUGAGAGUGAGGGAAUAGAGAGUGCACCUGUGUUUGCGCACACACUUGUGCACUAUAUCUCCUGCGUAGUUGGCUAACCUCUCUUGAGAUUGGCCGCCGUGGCCGAAAUCGGUCUGGAGGAAAUUAUUACUAUUUAAUAAAGAUUAAAAUGUUUAAUCAUCAAUUACGAUUACAGAUUCACUUUGAUUGAUUCGGAAGACGGAUUACUGUUAUCAAAACUUUCGUUAUACUGUAAUCGUAUUUGAUUACGCAUGUAAUCUUAAUCGUUAUUGAUUAAUAUGAUUACAUUUUAUCUAUCUGCUAGAUCUCUUAGUGCCGUUUUUUAUAUUUUAUGUAAAAUACCACUGUUAUAUUCGGUUACUACUAAUUUAAGAUACAUACAUGUUAUAUUUAUCAAGCGUAUUUUAUCUGUGCUUGAUAAAUAAAAGGGAAAUGCACGCGUACAGUGUAUUUUUUAGUAACUAACCUAAUAAAAUACACGUC